AAUUGGUUGGGCAUAUGUAGAUAGGGGAUAUCAAAACGAAUGGCUAUUGUAUCUAUAUCCGUCUGGUGUGAUUCUGGACCAAUUAAUAUUUGUAAACUUCGUUCUAAAAAGUAAAUGAGGUAAACUGGUACCCUUUGGAUCCAACUGCCAUUGUUGUUGCAAAGUCUCUCAACUGAGCUAAGAAUUCAUGGCAACCAUAUCGGCUACAGCCGGCGCCACCCCUACAGCUCUUGAACACAAUCCAUUGCCAAGGGUUGCAUCCCCAGUUGUCAUUGGGUUGCCAACAAUGACAAAGAGGGGAAACGUGAAGAUGAUGUGCAGCAUGGAGAAGAGGACCACCUCGUCUUCGCAGGAGAACGGCUCAGCCAUUGGCACGACUGCAUCACUGCUUGCAGCAGCAUGUGCAGCAACCGUGUCGAGCCCCGCCAUGGCACUGGUGGACGAGAGAAUGUCCACUGAAGGAACCGGACUUCCCUUUGGAUUGAGUAACAACCUUCUGGGGUGGAUCCUGUUUGGUAUAUUCGGCCUGAUCUGGGCACUUUACUUUGUCUACACCUCCUCACUGGAAGAGGAUGAGGAGUCUGGAUUGUCGCUCUAAAAGGUAUAAAAGCCAAACCCUUUUUUCCCCUUCGGUUGUUGUUCAUUGCAAAUAUCAUAUGCGCUCAGAGGAAUUCAGGAAAUGGAAAAUUAAAGGAGUUGGGCUUUCA